AUACUUAUUGAAAUGAAUUUGUUUAUUAUAGAAAGUUUUAUAGUAGUGGUUCUCUUAAAUUCACUAUUAUUUAUAAGCUGUGUGGAUCAACCAUGUACUAUUACAAAUUUUUCGCAGGUUUCAGAGGUGUUACAAUCCUGCAAGAACAUAACCAUCUCUAAUUUGAAUGUUCCUGCCGGUCAACAAUUAUAUCUUGAGCUUUUGAAUGACUCCUCCGUUACCUUUGAAGGUGUCAUUACAUUUGGAGUAGCUCAGUGGAAAGGACACUUAAUAGUCGUUAAAGGACAUAAUGUGAUAGUACAGGGAGCACCAGGCUCAAUUCUCAACGGUCAAGGGCAGAAAUAUUGGGAUGGUCAAGGUGGAGGUGGUGGUAUAACCAAGCCAAAAUUUUUCUACAUUGAAACUACAGGGGGAUCCAUUUUUAAAAAUAUAUACUUAUAUCAAUGUGCAAACUGGUGCGUUGGUAUUGGAUCUAAAGAUGUAAUCAUUACAGGAUGGACUAUCGACAAUACUGCUGGAGAUAAGGAUAUGAUCGCUCUUAAUACCGACGGUUUUAGCUUGAUCGAUUCCGAAAAUGUACUUAUAGAAAACUCGACCAUCAUGAACCAAGAUGAUUGCAUUGUUGUACGUAGAGGUAAUAACAUGACCUUCAGAAAUAUAAAAUGUUUUGGAUCUCACGGUCUAAGUUUCGCGACGGGAUUUCACGAAACUGAUGGUGCAUUUGGACACAAAGAAGAUGAUGCUGAAGAUAUAGCUACUGAUAUUACUUUUGAGGACUGCUUAGUUGCCAAUGGGCUUUAUGGAAUUCACAUCAAAACCGCUCCUAACGGGAAAAUGGGAAGAAUUGAAAAUGUUUUAUUCAAAAAUAUAAAAUUAUCAGGAAUUCAAGAAGAUGGAAUCUAUAUUCAACAAGACUACGGCGAUAUUGGUAAACAAGAUAGUAAUGUAACGAUAAAGAAUGUGACUCUUAAAAAUGUCUAUGGUUCUUUACAAGGUAUUUUAACUAGACCAAUACAUAUUUUUUGUGGCAAUCAAGGUACUUGUUCGGAAUGGAUAUUUUCUAAUAUAAAUAUAUUAGGUGGCAAUAGAAGUUAUUGCAACUAUCAACCAGAUGAUUUUAUAUGUUAAUAAAGUUCCAUUUUUAUUUUA